AUGCCCGCUGUCGAGCCAGACAAUCCGGUACCUGAUGCCCCGGAGCUCACUGUCGUGCCUGUUGACUCGGAGCCCACUGCCUUGCCAGAUGACGCAGUGCCCGCUGUCGAGCCAAAUGACCUGAUGCCUGGUGACCCAGUGCCCGCUGUCCAGUCAGACGAUCCAAUGUCUGACCCAGUGCCCGCGGUCAUACCAGUUGACUCGGAGCCCACUGCCUUGCCAGAUGACGCGGUGCCCGCUGACAAGCCAAAUGACCUGAUGCCUGGUGACCCAGUGCCCGCUGUCCAGUCAGACGAUCCAAUGUCUGACCCAGUGCCCGCGGUCAUACCAGUUGACUCAGAGCCCACUGCCUUGCCAGAUGACGCGGUGCCCGCUGUCGAGCCAAAUGAUCUGAUGCCUGACGAUCCAAUGUCUGACCCAGUGCCCGCGGUCAUACCAGUUGACUCGGAGCCCACUGCCUUGCCAGAUGACGCGGUGCCCGCUGUCGAGCCAAAUGACCUGAUGCCUGCGGUCAUCCCAGUUGACUCGGAGCCCACUGUUGUGCCUGGUGACUCGGUGCCCGCCGCCCCGCCUGGGGGCCCGAGACCUGUCGUUCCGCCUGAGGGCCCGAGACCUGUCGCUCCACCUGGGGGUCCGGCGCCCGCCGCUCCGCCUGAGGGCCCGAGACCUGUCGCUCCAUCUGGGGGUCCGGCGCCCGCC